AUGCUCUUGCUGCUAGCCGUCUUCUCCGCUCUAGCGGCGACCGCCGAGAUUCUCAAGCCCAGAAUUGUCGGCGGCACCGAGGUCUCCAUCGAAGAGGUCCCCUACCAAAUCGCCCUUCUCUACGCCGGUGUGCAAGCAUGCGGGGGCAGCAUAAUCAGCAACAUCCAUAUUAUUACCGCAGCGCACUGUGUUGAAAGUGCCCCGGAUCCAAGCUAUCUUGCCAUCCGCGCUGGCUCAUCAUUCGCCGAUCACGGCGGCACCAUUCACAAUAUUUCCAACGUCGCCGUACACCCUGACUACAGACCAACAACUACCAACGACUUUGCUGUCCUUACUCUUACCACGCCUCUGGUGUACGGGCCCGGGAUUGCCCCCGUGGGCCUGCCAAGGUCUGGAUCUGCUUUGCUGGCCGCGGGCGAAGAAGUUGUUGUCUCGGGUUGGGGCAAUAUCAAGGAAGGCGAGUUUUUCUCGCCGACGUUGCGGGCUGUGAGGUUGGGUAUGGUGGGGAUGGAGGAGUGUAGGGCGGCCUAUUCGGGUCGCACUAUCGCGGAUAGUAUGUUCUGUGCGGGGAUCCCAGAGGGUGGGAAGAGUGCUUGUCAGGGGGACAGCGGGGGCCCGCUUGUUAGGAAUGGGGUGUUGUUUGGGGUUGUCUCUUGGGGGGAGGGGUGUGCUCGUCCGGGAAUUCCGGGGGUUUAUGUGAAUGUAGCCUACUUUCGGGAUUUCAUUGCACAGGUGGCUGGGAUUUAG